CGGUUCCGGGACGGCGUUUGUGUUUUGUUUUGUGAGUGAACGGAGUUUGUUAACUAGCUGGGAAGAAUUAACCGUCUUAAAGGAUGUACAGCGUUUCCUGCCUUUAUCUCAGUACACUUUUCUAACAUAUUACAAAUCUGCCAAGGUGUGAUUAUCCGUCUAUGGAAAGAAUCUUUUUUAAAUCGAGUCCGGAGUGUAAAGCGUUAGCUUGUUAGCGGCUAGCGCGGCCGUGUCCUGAAUAGUUCCUCUACGCAGUUAGAGUGCACUAGGUAGUGUGUAAGCCGCCGUUAUUGUGAUAUCACUUUGAGCGCGCGUAUCAAGGGAGCGAGCAGAGAUUCUGGAUUCGGCCUGAAGGCGCACACAUGCCCACCGAAGAGGGUUUUUGGAGCUCAGGAAUAACGGACUGGCUUUUCUCACACACCGGCUGGUCUUGUCUUUCUUUCAUCAUGAUAAUGAUUUUGGUUUUUGCUGCUUUUAUCCUGUUUCUCUACAUGAUAUCACCUUUAAUAAGCCCCAAACCGCUCAAACUCAAUGGGGCCCAUGUUGUGGUGACAGGGGGCAGCAGUGGGAUCGGGAAGUGCGUAGCUAUGGAGUGCUACAAACAAGGAGCCUUCAUCACCCUGGUGGCGCGUGAUGAGGGUAAACUGGUGCAGGCGAAGAAGGAGGUGGAGAAGUGUGCCGUAAACGAUAAACAGGUGGUGCUCUGCAUCUCGGUGGACGUGUCGAAGGAUUACAGUCAGGUGGAGAGUGUCCUGAAACAGGCUCAGGAGAAGCUGGGGCCGGUGGACAUGCUGGUGAACUGCGCAGGGAAGUCCGUGUCGGGGAAGUUCGAGGAGCUCGGGGUCCAAAACUUCCAGAGUCUGAUGGAGGUGAACUACCUGGGCAGCGUGUACGCCACGCGGGCCGUCAUCAGCAAGAUGAAGGAGCGGCGGAUGGGCCGCGUGGUGUUCGUGUGUUCUCAGGCCGGGCAGCUCGGACUGUUCGGCUACACGGCGUACUCCGCCUCUAAGUUCGCCCUGCGAGGCCUCGCUGAAGCUCUACAGAUGGAGGUGAAGCCGUAUAACAUCUACGUGACUCUGUCCUACCCUCCCGACACGGACACGCCCUCAUUAGCCGAGGAGAACAAGAUGAAGCCUUUAGAGACGAAGCUGAUCUCCGAGACGUCCGGAGUGUAUCAGCCCGAGCAGGUGGCUAAAGUCAUCGUGAAAGACGCCGUGCAGGGGAACUUUAGCAGCUCCGUCGGUCCUGACGGCUACAUGCUGUCUGCGCUCACCUGCGGCAUGUCGCCCGUCACGUCCAUCACCGAGGGGCUGCAGCAGAUCGUGACCAUGGGGCUGUUCCGCACCAUCGCGCUCUUCUACCUGAGCAGCUUCGACAGAAUCGUACGCCGCUGUAUGAUCCAGAGGGAGCAGGACAAAGCGUCCGACAAGACGGAGUAACACCCACGCUUCCUGAAAUUCCACCAUCCUGGACACACACGGACCAGGAAGGAUGAGCUGCUUGUCCAUCAGACGUCUCAUCAUCCUCCCACAUUCCAUUUUCAUUUCAAUUUGUUAGAACUGAGCAUCUUGACACGCCCCCAUCUCUCAACACGCGUCUCCGAUUUUGUCUGGGUCGGCAAGGGCGGCGCUUAAGCUACAUUUGAUCGCACCGUUCGUUGUUUAACUUGGCUACGAUUUAGUCUUCAACUCCCCAGCAGUAACUAUCAGACAUUACACCGCUAGCUAAGCUAACUAGUUAGCAGGCUAGCACUUGGCUCAGUUUAUAGUCUUGCGUUGAACAGCUAACCUUAGCGAAGCUACAGUGAGUUAAUACUGCUCAGGGCUGGGUUUGCCAAAAGCCUCGUAACGCUAAGAGCAUCUUAACUAGGAGAGAGAGAGUGAGUGUUCACUGUACUGCGAUGCUUUUGGUAAACUCGGGCGAGUAUGGUGUCUAAUACUUUAACUUAAAGGGGAACUGAAGGCCUUUUCUUUCUUAAAUCCUCAGAAUUCUAUUUCUCAUUUUAUUAAAUAUAUUUUGUCACUGCUAUAGCGAGUUAUGAGUGUUUUUGAAAACUGCUAUAUGUCAAAGCAACGGCCGUAAACGAGGUUCGUUAAGACCUGUGCGAGACAUCGUAGGGCGGAAAUCAAAGCGGCCAGCGUCGUCAAAAGACGCGCUCGCCCUCUUCCGAACGCUGAUGUAAUCUAAUCAAGCCGCAAGUUUCGAUAGCAAUCAGGAAAGUUUUGGAAAAAAGUCGGCGGUAAUCGUCAUUUGAACUCGUUUUCGUGCAACCGUUUUCAAAAUGGCGGCGCCGACACUUGACAUUUCGAAGUCUCGUGACGAUCGCGCGGAUAAGCGACGCCCGCCGUGGACCAAACGAACUAAAAAAAUAAAGCAAAUGACUUCAGUUCUCCUUUAAAUGAUUACGUCUCCGGGAGAUAUUUGAUGAUAAAUCCAGCUCGCUCAUUCGCGGUCAUGAAAACUAUAAGCCAUGUACCUCAACACGGCGUUUACUAGUAAACUUAACUAAUAGGCUGCGUCUGAAUUCACGUACUUCCGUACUGUUCGUACGCUAAAAGAAGGGGGAAAACCCCCAGCAUGUCUGGUCAACCCGAACAUCCCGGGUCAGAGGACGGGUAAGAUGGCGGCGGAUCCUCCUAGAACCUGCUACGGUAACGGCCACGUAAGCGAUGCUUAACCGCCGUUAGUACGCACUCGGAGAGCGAGCGGACAUAACGAAUGUCUUUAACGACCUGAGCUCACAAGUACAGUGCCGCCUAGUAGUAUUGGCACCCUUGAAGUUUAUGUACUUAAAGUUAAGCAUCUCCUGAACAAAAGUGAUGCAGAAUUUUUCUACAGAUAGCUCGUGGUUAAUAUAAAAGAGCAAAGUAUCAACAAAAUAAAAAAAAUAAACAAUUAGAGUGGAAAAAAAAAGAAAAAGGUAAAUCUUGCUGCAUCACUAGUAUUGGCACCCUUUGCUGUUAGUCCUAAAACCUAAUUUGACUCACCUAUGGUAAAUUACAAAUGGAAAUCACCUGUGAAGACCUGUCUGUGCCCAUGUGACAUGAAAUGGCCAAUGAGUGAUGAGAUUUGUGUUUUGAAAAACCAACUGUUUCACUCGGUCCCUUUUGAAGACAAAAGAGCUGUCUGAAGAAACAAGAAAUGCAGUUGUUGACAAACACAAGAGCUCCAAAGGAUAUAAAGCCUUCUCCAAAGAGCUUGGUAUCCCUGUGUCAACAGUGCGUAAUGUUAUUAAGAAAUAUUUGAAGCAUGGAACUGUCAAGAACCUCCCUGGGCGUGAGGGUAAGAGAAAAAUCAAUGAUAGAAGUCGUCGAAGGUUGGUGCGAUUGGUGGCAGAAUCACCUCAGUUAACAUCUACGGACCUGCAGGCCCACCUGGAACAGUCUGGGGUAACUGUUUCAAGAAGCACCAUAAGGCGCACACUCAACACAGCAGGGCUACAUGGGUGGAGGCCAAGGAAGACCCCAUUAUUGAAAAAAAAGACACACAAAGGAGCGUCUGGAGUUUGCAAAAGAGAACCUGGACAAGCCAGUCCUUCUGGGAAAAUGUCCUGUGGACAGAUGAGACAAAAGUAGAGCUUUUUGGGAAUUCUCACAGGCAGUAUGUUUACAGGCGCUGCAAUGAAGCAUUCAAAGAAAAGAACACCUGACCAACAGUCAAGCAUGGUGGAGGAUCAAUAAUGCUGUGGGGCUGCUUUGCUGCAUCUGGGACUGGAGGCCUUACCCGUGUCAUAGGGAUUAUGAAAUCUGAAGAUUAUCAACAGAUUUUGGAGCAAAAUGUCCUGUCCAGUGUAAGAAAGCUCGGUUUGAGGCGAAGAUCUUGGGUACUCCAGCAGGACAAAGACCCCAAACACACAUCUAAAAGCACACAAAAAUGGUUAGAAAAGAAAAAAUGGACUGUUUUGAAAUGGCCAGCAAUGAGUCCUGACCUCAAUCCAAUUGAGAAUCUUUGGGGCGAGUUGAAAUCUGCCAUUGGCAGAAGGAAUCCUUCAAAUAUCCAAGACCUAGAGCGCAUAGCGAAGGAAGAGUGGGAGAAAAUACCACAAGACAAAUGCAAGAAGCUCAUUGAUGGCUACAGGAAACGUUUGGAGGCCGUCAUCGCUGCCAAAGGGUGUGCAACCAAAUACUAAGGAGGGGUGCCAAUAUUCCUGCACCUGCUGUAUUUCUGUUUUUUGUCGUUUUAGAAAUUAAAAUGCCUAUUUUGAACGAAAACAACUUUUCAGUUCCUUUGGACCUUCAAUUAAAAGAUCUUGGUAUUGCAAAUUGUGUCCAUUUCCAUUUAUUUCUGGAGAUAUUACAAAAGUUGUGAAUAAAAUUAAGGGGUGCCAAUACUGCUAGGCGGGGCUGUAUUAGUCAAACAUUUAAAAGCUGAGAUUGCAGUAACCCAAACAAAAUGGAAAAACAGGCAAGAUGGGAGUUUUUAAAAAAAAAAGUGUCUCCGAGGCAGCAGGUUUGGUAUUUCCAGAAAAGUGGGUGGAGCAAAAACGAUCACUUCUGCCGCACGUGAGACCAGAUGAUGAGGAUCUGCCUGAUACUGGAGUUUGUAUUUAUGUAUUCCAUCCACUCACGGCCACUUCAACAGGAACUUGUUCUCGCUGCUGAGAUGCUUUUCUGCUCACCGCGGUUGUAAAGCGUGAUUUAUAUGAGUUACUAUAAGCUCGAACCGCAAAUCUGGCCGUUUUCCUCUGACCCUCUCCUCUCUCAUCAACAAGGCGUUUGUUUCCACCCACAGAACUCUCGCUUGCUCUCACGGUUUUUUUUUUUUCUCCACACCAUUCUGUGUGAAAACCGUAGGAGAUCAGGAGUUUCUGAAACCAAAAAUACUCCGAGCUCAAACCAACACCCAUGCCACAGCGAAAGGGAAAAAAGUCACAAAAAUCUGAGAUCGCAAUUUUUCCCGUUCUGAUGUUCGAACAUCAGCUGUUGAUGUGAUGCAGCGAGGGAUCGCCUGAUUCGAUCGCUGCGUCAAACCAAACAGCAGGUGGACGGAUGGGUGUUCCGAAUGAAGUGGCCAGUAAACAACAAAGGGCCGAGGACGGAGCCUUGAGGGGUCACGGAAUAGAAGACCACUGAGAAAGUUCUCUUUGAUAAAGAUGACCGAAGGCAGCGUAAAGCAGCGUGCCUGGUGCCGACCCAAUAAGACCGUGAGCCGAUGUGUCCGAUUCAGAGCUCAAAUCGAACGCUGUUCAGCAUCGGCCGUCAGACACGGAGGUCCGAUUGAAAUUUGUCCAAAAAAAAAAAAAAGACUACGUACAACUUUGUAUUAGAGCUUUGUGCACACUUAGUGGCGUCAUGUGAUCAAAUUACCUUUCGCACCGCCCUUGUUUAAACACUAAUCCUUUUCCUAGAGCUAUGUUUAAUCUUGAUAAGUGAAGUACCUUUGCAGGCAAAGAUAAACGUCUCUUUGAUGACUUAAAGUCCUGAACUGCGUCCGCCAUUUUUGCCUUAUCCUUGAGUCCUGAUAGAAAUGUUUGACGUACGCAAGACUCGCUGGUUCGAGUACUUCGUUAACAGGAAGCGCUAGCAUGUUUAGCCCUGGGAAAUUUGAAGGAGCACACGUGUUUUCGUGUAUGUUUUAGCAUCUGUGCUGAACCUUCAAGCAAAGCCCCGAGUUUUAAUCUUGAUCACGUGCCAUCGUUCAUUUAGCGACUCGCAAGAACGUUUGUCUUUUCGUCGUACUGACUUCUACGUAGCUUCCUAACCAGCUAGCAACGAAACGCCAUCAGCACUUCCUUUCAAAAGUGUGUUGCGAGUAGCAAGAACACACUCGACGUUGAAGCAAAUUCCUUCAGACGUACCGACUUCGGCGUAACUAGCGAACAGGCUAGCAUGCUAAGUACGUAGCAUGCUGAUUAGUAAAAAAAAAAAAAAACCACUAGGAACAGGGACAACCUCAACAAUCAAGCACUUUCCUUGGAGACUGACACUCUGUUUCUGCAGGUGCAUAUGACAUCUGGUUAGCUUGCUAACGUUAAUUUGAAAAACAUUUUAAGCAGUGCGAAGGAAAUCGCACGUAAAUCUCCAGUAUACAGUUCCUGUUGUCCUUCACACUCGACAGCCAUGUUUGGUUAUCAGCUUGCUAAUUAGAGAAGUUUCACCAGCUGCUCUGAGCAAACAGGAGUUAUUACGUUAAAGAAAUGGCGUAAGACGUCACGUAGGUCUUUGGCACAAUUUAGUGUUAAAGUUAUUUAUUAGCUAGCGUAGAGUAAUCCAGCCAUAGCAAGUGACACACUCCAGUCACGCAGAACCCGUUUUAAAGCCUUAAGAAAUGAUCGGAUCAGCCACAGUUAGUGUCGAACAUGGUCUCCUUGCAGUCAGCUGCGAUUUUACAUUCUUGGCAACGUUUCAAGUAUGAAGGUGAGGACGCAUGAGUUGCAGCGAUGAUGUUCUCAUUUGACGUCAGCUCAAGACUCGGUCAAGUUUAAUUAGCGCUCCGACGUUAACGUGGAGUCGCUAACACACAAGCAGGCAUGCUUUUUUUUUUUUUCCCGAUCGUCAGUCUCGCAAUAUCAUCGUAUGCACUUUGAAUCAAGGAAGUCCAAAUGAAACCAUGACAACAUCCGAGCAUCAACCCAGCACGCUUAAUUGUAAAAUGUAAAGAACGCGGCGGAUAGUGCAGCGACUCGGAAUAACGACCGAAUCACUUCCACAAUCGCCUACCGCGGUGAAAAAGUUCCCUUUGUCCGUCCGCACCUGCCUACAUCUUUCUUUUCGAUCGUUACAGCUAUGCAAACAGCGCACGUACAUUUAAAAUUAAUUUUCACUUUCAUCCUAGACUUGGUUCGUUUCAACGUUUUCAGUUAAUGUAAUUUAACGGAAGUAAAACCAGCUCGGAAACACAUUCCGCUUGUCUUUUCUUUGACAAACCUCUAAAAAAAAAAAAAUAUUACCAUGUUUGUGUUAAUUUCUUACAUGAUCAAAUAAAAAGCUUUUGGAGAGUU